AUAUGCCCGUCAAGUGACGUCAAAGUUUCUGCAGGUGCUCGAAGAGGUGCAGCAUUGGCGUAAUUGACGCUUAAAACAUCUCCCGCGAUGGCUUCAGCUACAGAUAACCGUUAUGGCCAAAAGGACUCUUCUGACCAGAACUUCGACUACAUGUUCAAGAUCCUCAUUAUCGGAAACAGCAGCGUGGGAAAGACCAGCUUCCUGUUCCGCUACGCAGAUGACUCCUUCACGCCGGCAUUCGUUAGUACGGUGGGCAUCGACUUCAAGGUGAAGACCAUCUACAGAAAUGACAAAAGGAUCAAGCUGCAGAUCUGGGACACAGCGGGGCAGGAGCGGUACAGGACCAUCACCACGGCCUACUACAGAGGAGCCAUGGGCUUUAUCCUCAUGUAUGACAUCACCAACGAGGAGUCGUUCGCUGCCGUACAGGACUGGUCUACGCAGAUAAAGACGUACUCCUGGGAUAAUGCCCAGGUGCUUCUGGUGGGCAACAAGUGCGACAUGGAGGAUGAAAGGGUGGUGGCCUCUGAGAGGGGCCGGCAACUCUCCGAACACCUCGGCUUUGAGUUUUUCGAGGCCAGUGCAAAGGACAACAUCAACGUGAAACAGACCUUCGAGCGGCUGGUGGACAUCAUCUGCGAGAAGAUGUCCGAGAGCCUGGACGCUGGUGACCCCGCCGUCACGGGGGCCAAACAGGGGCCACAGCUCACCGAGCAGCCGUCCGCACCACACCAGGACUGUUCAUGCUAAAAGAGCAGCCCCUCCCCGACCCCUGACCCUAGCCCUGCCUACACUGCCCUGCUCUACCAUAUAUGGGGGGUAAAAAGGUAACAAUGGCAAAAAAAAGAAAAAGAUAAUCGACACUUGGCUCCUCCCCAAAUUGUGCCCUCUCAUUUUCUACCCUUGGCUCGCUUCUGAUUUAUUUUUAUGGUGUAGAUUUGUUACCCCAUUGCCCCAUUCCCCUGUUUUCAAUUAUGUCAAUUGUCUUAGACUUGGAGAGGGAAAGCCAUACUACACUUUAAGCGCUUAGCAUUAGUCCUAAGUUUGGCGAAGCACAAAUCAUUGCUUUGUGUGUUGGCUCUUUUCUGUGUGGGGAAAGUGCUGCGCGCAGUUCGCUCACCCAUGUUUCCUCUGGCCUUUAUGUGCCAUUUUUCAACAUCCUGUAUGUUCACCUUUCUUUUUUGUCUUCAUAUUUUGUAUAUAUUUCUUCAUAUUUCUUUGUUUACGUUGUCAUGCUUUCCUUUUGUUAAAUGAAACAUGAACAAACAAAAGAGGAGAAAUUUCUUAAUAUUUAUUCAAAAUGUGUAUAUAGAUAAGGUGCAGUAUUUAAUUGAUACAGGUAUAGUAACAUAUUCAAACAUGUUUUUGAAAAUACAUGAGAAUGAUAUUAUUCAGAGAAUUAUAAAGAAAAUAAGAAGUCAUGUAAUGUUUUUGUGGUAAUCCUUUGAAUUGCUUGUCACAAACCUCUCAGCUAAUUGUAGUUCUUAGUGUUCCUUCAGCUGAACAGCUACAUUUUAACUUCAUUAGAGUUGUGAAAUUCAAAUAUUAUACACAGACAUUCCUAAGUGUAAAAUGCAUGGAAGGAAAUGAAGCCAUUCAGGCGAAUUCUUAUACGAUUCCAGUGUCAGUCGCUUUAUAUCCAGACACUCGGAAGCAAUCUGUUCUAAAUGAAAAUGUGUAAUACUUCAAGUGUGUGGUUGCAGAGACGGUACUGUCUGCAGAACUUCACAUCUCCUAGGUGAAAUACUUUGACAUCCUAAAUCAUGCGUACCAUCCUCUAUUUGACCCAAGUUUCAAAUUUUAGAUUCCUCUGUUUUUCACCUUUUUAUAAAUGUUUUAAAUGGGUCAGAUUUGUGCAGGACAUUUGUGCUUAUGUUGUGGUGCAAGAGAUGAAAGAAACAAGUAUCAUGUGACUAUACUUGUAAUGACCCAAGCGUGAUCGUCAGGACUGUUACUAGACAAACCUAAUACAGGCAUUAUUGAAAAUAUAAGGCGAUGAUGAACAACAAGACCUGAGCCCAUUACUAACAUUUUUGUGAGUUCCUCUAUACUCCAAAAAGACAAGGUGAUCUCCCACUCUUUUUCCCUUUGCUAUGCCGUCUUCCUGAAAACCACUGUAAAUAUAUUUGAGUCUUUUAGUUUUCUGUGUGGAUUGUGCUGUAUUGACUCUGGGCUCAAAAUAAGAAGAGAUAAGAAACUUUAAAUAAUUUAGUUUAUGUGUUUUACCUGCUUUUGUGUAUGCCUGCUCGUGUAUGAAUGUGUCACUUUAUUACAAAGCAAUAUUGAGGACAAAAUAUCUUUGGAAGUGUUAUUCAUAAUUUCAUUGCACCCUUGUAAGAAUGGGGGAAUGUUAAGGAUUUGUAUUCUUUAAAAAAAAAAAAAAAAUUUAAAAAGGCUUCUUGCCAAGUGCUUCAAAUCCCGAAACUGGAAGCUUGUUCAGACUGAUGGGAAUGCGGCCUAAAUUUGUAUGCUAUGGUGCCCGAUGCAGCAUGUCUGGUUUUACCUCUCAGUGACGUCAGGGUGAUUUGAACAACCAAGUGGAGGCGAUGAAAAGGCCAGGAACUACCAGUAUAAUGCUAAAUGGCAGACAGGAUAGAAGACACUUUCCACUCAUGGCCUAUUUGCGGUGCUGUGCUUGUUAAGAUCAGAAAGCUGAGAUUGGAUAAUAUGAUACUGAUGUGAACAUGGAAACAAGUGUUGAGUCUCCAGUGAACAGUUUUGCGUCAUCCCACACUGAAACUGCUGAGAGGUUUUCGGUAGCAAAAAAAAACUUGAAUUGAAUUUUUUUCUUUCUUUUUUUUACUGCCCAACCCCCUUCUAAUUUGAACACUUCAUUCAUUUUUUUUUUCUUUGAUAGGAAAUUAGUGUAUGUUUAUGAAAAUCAACUAUUAUGCAGUAGUAAAUUUACUCUAAAUACAAUAAGGGGUACCGUGUCAUGUUCAAUGGUGAAAUUUACCAAACCAACUCUGUAUGUUGUGGAAAUUAAUUAAUGAAAAAAUAAAGGUUUGUGCUGUUAAAUUAA